AUGGCUUCGAAGCUCUUCCCCGCCGCCCCCCGGGUAGGCCGUCAAUUGCUCCAGCAGCUCCCCAAGUCCCAAUGCAGAGCGUUCUCCGCUGGGCCACAACUCUUCAGUGACGCCCUUGCCGUGCACCGCAACAAGCCCUCCAACAACCCGACCCUCCCGUUCAAAUUCAACGACCAGAACCUCCAACUCAUCGAUGAGAUCCUCAAACGCUACCCUCCCCAGUACAAGAAGGCUGCUGUCAUGCCUAUCUUGGAUUUGGGUCAGCGCCAGCACGGCUACACCAGCAUCAGUGUCAUGAACGAGGUCGCCCGGUUGCUUGAGAUGCCCCCGAUGCGUGUUUACGAAGUCGCAACUUUCUACACCAUGUACAACCGCGAGCCCGUUGGCAAGUACUUUGUUCAACUUUGCACUACUACACCAUGCCAGCUCGGUGGCUGCGGUAGCACCAAGAUCCUCGAAGCCAUUUCGGAACACCUGGGUAUCACCCCCGGCCACACCACCGAAGACGGCCUGUUUACCUUCAUCGAAGUCGAAUGUCUUGGUGCCUGUGUCAACGCCCCCAUGGUCCAGAUCAACGACGACUACUACGAGGACCUCACCCCCGAAUCCACCAAGGCCCUCCUCACCGCGCUUAAGGACUCUGCUAUCGCGACGGACAAGUCGGUCAAGGUCCCUGCUCCCGGCCCGCUGAGCCAGAGAGAGAGCUGCGAAAACAGUGGUGGUCUCACGAAUUUGCAAGACCCGCCGGUGUGGAACCCGGAGACCAUGAUGAGAACGGAUGGUGCUUUGGACGCUCAGCAAUAA